UGUCUGCUUGGCGAUAUGACGUCAACAUAGAGACCCGAUAGAGGGACAAAGUAUGUUGAUGCGAGUGCGCAUGUCCCCCUAUGUCCCUGUUUAGAGCUGCCACCAGGGGCAUGGGGGGUACUGUUUCAAGUCACAACCUAUAUUUAACCGAGAAGGGGGAAUUCUGAUCUUAAAGUCACAUUGCACAAUUCAAGUCAGCCCAGCUCCAGCAGUAUAAUUACAAUCCUGUGAUACUGUCCAUGUGUAAGCAGGCCCUCUUCAAAGUGAACAUAAAACCAACGUAUAGGCAUUAUUCUGUUGGUAGUGGAAGGGCCUGGGAGAGCGGGCUGGCCCCUGUCGCAUGGCUCUUGCUGCUCCCAUUGACUAUAGUUUCACUAUAUCUCCGGCACUCUUUCACUCCCCUGUUCAGUCUAUUUCUGUCCCUGGCUGAGUCAGUCGAGAAGCCCCCAAACUUGGAAAGAACCAAGCAGGCAGAGCAUUUGCCCAAACGCAAAGUGCCUGAAAACAUCGGGAGGACGCUAAAUUACUGCCGUGAAAAUAAUUAGAAUAAAUAAUUCGGAUAAAGGAAGAGCCACUGGAUUAAACAGAAUGGAGGGGUGUGACAGCCUCGAGUUGGAGAUGGCAGACCUGGAGGGGUUUCAGUGUGUGUCUCCUAGUGCCAUCGACCAAGACGACGAAGACGAAGUAGAGGAACUUCGAAACAGCCUCCGAGAAGCAGUGCAGGACCCGUCGGUGAAGCCCAAAAUGCAGUGUCUAAUGGUGGAUCCGUCCUUCUCCAUGGUGACCGUCCAGAGCGAGGACAGCGGUAUAGUCUGGGAGACGGCAUCCAGCCGCUGCUCCACCCCCUGGGCCUCGGAGACAAGCUCCAUCUCCGAGGGCUACAGCAUGGACAGCUCAGGCACUCAGGGUCAGAUCACCAUCGUCUUUGAUGACGAGCAGAUCGUCCGCAGGAGGAUCCGGUCUGGAGGGAGGAGCAGCAGGCUAAGCGACAGGCUCAGGAGACCCGGGAGUUCAAGAUCAGGCUCGGCUCUUGGGGUGGAGAGACUCGAGAUGGCGGAGGUCUCCGUUCCCAACGUCCCCAUGCCGGAGACAGCACAAGGGGAGACAGACUUGGAGGAGAUCAAGGACAAAGAUCAGCAAUUGUUCAGUUUGAUUUCGGAGGGCUAUGAGAUUCUUAACAUCAGAGUGCCUUCCAAGCUGCCCACCGUGGAUGAGGAGGAGAGCAUUGAGCUCCAGGACAACUUGUCUUAUCUGGACAAGACGCCUGGGAUUAAGUCCAAAAAGGUUUCUACAUCUUCAAGACCUGUCAGAAGAUGUAGAGGUGGAGAUUGUAAAGAAGAUCCUACCGACGCUGUGAUUGGGGAUUCAAAAAUAAAGAGGCGCAGCACUGGCGACAUGGACUACUUUGAGCAGUUCACCCUGGUGGAUGCGGUGGUUCCUGAUGAACAAGCUCCAGAGUUGCAACAGGAGGUGACCGUCCCGUCAGUGACACCGCAUGGAGAGAUGGAGACUGCUGCACGGGGGACCUCCACAGACAGCCCCACUGAGUCAGACGAGUCCUUCGUCUUUGUCACUGACACAGAGCUGGCCGGCGAUCACCUGGAUCAGAUGUUCUACGGCAACGGGCCUCAAGCAGCCUCUGGUCAUACUCCGCAGAGUGGGGAGGAGGCUGAGGAGAAUUCUGGAGAGAAGAUGCGAGUGAGAAGGGCGAGCCAGAGAUCGCAGAAGGACAACGGCGCAGUGUUGUUCUGCAGCGAGCAGACCGUCCUCACCCCCAUCUUCCUCUCCCCUGGCCCCCCUAAGAUCAUCGACCAGAUCCUGCUGGACGAGCCCACGGCCAUGUCCUACAUGUACUCUGACCUGUACGAGGAUGCCGUGGGGGAGAGGGCGGCUAGCGAAGAGGAGUGCUCCGAGGCCGGGCAGGUGGUCCCGGAGAAGAUCUUCAUCAGACGUCUGUCAGACUCAGAGGAGGCGGACGGAUACCUGGAGAUGUUCACCCUGAGAGAUGAAACCUCUAUGGUGGGGCUCCAACCAGUGGAGGAUGAGAAGGAGAGGAAGGGGAGGAGGAGGAUGUGGUCACCGAAUGUCUUUGAAAUGACUGGAAGUCUGACACGGGUGAAGGAUGAAGUGGAAGUGCAGGAGCAGGUGAAGACUGAGGAAGUGAGAAGGGAGGAGGUGAAGGAAUGUGCAGUUGAGAAAAAUCUAGAAUCGAAGGACAAGGGAGAGGAAGAGAGCAUAGUUACCCAAAUUAAGGUUGUUGAAGCAGAGUCCUCUGCAUUGCGUGAUGAGAACGUCAGCCCAAUACAAACAUGCCCAGAAGAUUUAACAGAGUUGCCGGAAGAGAAGGAAACUAUUAAAGAUAGGGAAGAGAUACAGGAGGAAAUGGAAGUUCACAGUGAACCCGUUGGGAGUGGCGUUGACAAAACAGAAAGUCUCCCUGAGACACAAGAGGUGGAAAUGGAGGUAGCAGAGAUGGGAGGAAGUAAGGAACAACAGAGAGCAGAGGUACCUGGCCCUGAACCACAAGUGGAAUCUCAGCUACAGGAAGCAAGCAACGAUGCUGAAGCGGUGGUCGUGGUUAAAGCGGUUGCUGAGGCUAAAGAAGAGACGUCUACGAUGAUUGUGCCCGACGUGGUCAUUAAACCUGAGGCCAAAAGUGACAUUGUAGACAUAACUCAAGUCCCUGCCAGAAUUGAAGAGGCUCCAGAUGAAGCUAAAAUUAAGGAGAGUGCGAGUGAAGAAGCUGCAGUUCAGAAAGAAGACAGAGUAGAUGAGAUAACAGUAGCCAAAGUUGAUGUGACAGGCGGAGUAGAAGUAGAUGAGACCUUAACCCAGGAACCACUUGAAGCUGAGAAAUCGAGUAAUGAGCCAUUAAGUGGGGAAAUGGAUUCAGCUUUGAUUGAAAGGGAUGAACCUGCUCCAAUUAUUAUCGAUAGCAAGGCUGCAGUACAAGCAGCAGCAGGGGUAGUAGAAGAAGCACUGGAUAAAACAGAGAUUGUCCUGAACUCAAAAACUGACAGUAUAUACAGUCCUGAAGUCAUGGCUGUCAAUCACAAGCCAGACAUUAAAACACAGGUAGAGCAACCUGAGUUUGAGGCAGAAGCCAAGCCUGGAUUAGACAUAAAUCUAACUGACAUUUCUGCAACCGAUCAGAGUCAACCUGAGUUGAAAGAGGAGUCAAUAACCAUUGAAGAAUUAGACAAAAAAGAGCUGCAAUCUGAUGCAUCUAAAAUAUCUUCAGUCCCCACCCAUCACACAGUUAAUGUCGGUGAUGACUUUGUCCUCCUUGUCCCAAAGGGGAAAGCUGUAGAAAUGGACAUAGACAUAGGUCGGUCGUCAGAGAGUGUUGACAAUAGUGAUCCUGAAGGGCUGCCUGAGGCGGUGAGAACAGGUGAUGACCUGCUUACUCCACCAGUCCGCCCAGCAUCUCCAACACAACCUGAACCAGAAAUUAAACCUGAUCUUUCUAAAGAUGCAGAGGAAAAGAAAGAAGCAGAUGGGGAUUUGGAGCAAGAGGGUGGAGUGCUCUCUCGCCUCCGGAGCUUUACCCCCCUAGAGGACCUGUCUGGAAUACAGAGGGAGGAGGUGAGCUCUGCAGCAGAGAUGAGCUCUGUGGCGGAGGGGAGCUCUGUGAUGGAGGUGAGCUCUGCGGCAGAGGUGAGCUCUGUGGCGGAGGUGAGCUCUGCAGCAGAGGUGAGCUCUGUGGCCGAGGUGAAGUCUGUGGCCGAGGUGAGCUCUGUGUCAGAGGUGAGGCCUGCGGCGGAGGUGAGCUCUGCGGCGGAGGUGAGCUCUGCGGCGGAGGUGAGCUCUGCGGUGGAGGUGAGUUCUUUGAAAGAGGUGAGCCCUGUGACGGAGUUGAGCCCUGCGGUAGAGCCGAGCUCGGCAGCGGAACUGAGGUCUGCUGCAGAGGUGUGCUCUAUGGUGGAGGUGAGCUCUGUGGCGGAGAUCAGCCCUGCUAUGGAGGUGAGCUCUGUGGUGGAGUCUAGCUCUGCGGCGGAGGUGAGCUCUGCAGCGGAGUUGAGCUCUGUGCCGGAGGUGAGCUAUGUGACGGCGGUGAGCUCUGUGGCGGAGGUCAGCCCUGUGACGGAGGUCAGCCUUGAGCCGGAGUUGAGCUCUGCAAUGAAGACGCUUGGGAACGAUGUCAAGCCAGAGACCGACGGAGCCUCUGCUGUCCCAGUGAUGAAUAAAGAUGGCGCAAACCAACAGGUGCAGCAGCCCACAGUAGAUGACCUCCCUCAGGCUGAGUUGCACAGAGAGGCUGUCAAGGAGACAGAUCAGACCGCUGAAGGUCUGCCCGAAGCUGGGAGUCCAUGUGGUGACUUGUCUACUCCACCAGUCCACCCAGCAUCCCCUCCGUCACAACCUGAACUUACAGUCACACAACCUGAACCAGAAAUACAACCUGAUCCCUGCUCAGAAGAGAAAGCACUACCUGUUAAAGAAUUGUGUGAGGAUUCCCCUUCACUCCCAGUUGAUGAAGAGGAGGCCAAUGCAGAAGAAGAGAAAGGAUCAGAUGGGGAUUUGGAGGAAGAGGGUGGAGCGCUCUCUCGCCUCCGGAGCUUUACCCCCCUAGAAGACCUGUCUGGAAUACAAAGGAGCCCCGUGACGGAGAUGCACACAGACGAUGUCGAGCCAGAGACCGACGAAGCCUCUGCUGUCCCCGAGGCGAGUAAAGACGGUGCAGACCAACAGGUGACGCAGCCCACAGUAGAUGACCUCUCUCAGGCUGAGUUGCACAGAGAGGCUGUCGAGGAGACAGAUCAGACCGCUGAGGAACUCGAGUAUGAGAUAAUAACCAAACAGGAAGCAAGAGAGAUGCCAGCGCCCGAGGAGAAACCAGUCGCAGAGCAGCCUGAGCUCCAAUCUGAGGAGGAGACGAUUGAGACGGAGAAGCAGGAUAUGGAGAUUAGGAUGGAGGAGAGGGAGCCAGGGCUUCUGCCGAGAGAGGAGUCCAUCGAGGCUGACUAUGAUAUCAUUGAUGCUGAGGAGGAGAGCCAGGCCAGGGCCGCUGCGGAGCUGCAGGGGAUGAACUGGUUCUGCCUGGCCUGUGGCUGUCUGCUGUCCGAGGAGGCCUGUGCCUCUGGAGAACACCAGGACCACGAACGCACCUCUGUGGACGGAGCCUACGAGGACAUCAAGGAGAAGCUGAGCGAUUGGAUCUCUGAGCUGCAGGCGAGGUCAGAGAACAUUGAGGACAUGGUUUCCGAGCUGGAGCUAGCUUACAACUCUGUGGAGGACCAGUGUGCUGAAAUCGAGGACACCAUGCAGGGCCAGAACGAGGAGAUGAUGGCGCUGGUGAUGGAGCAGUACAACGGCAUGUCUCUCAGCAUGGAGGAGGAGAAGAAGGCCAAGCUGGAGCAGCUCUAUGACCAGAUCGUAUCCUCCCAGGAGAACAUCGACUCGGCCAAGGGCAUCCUGGAGACCACUGUCCGGGAGGCUGAGACCGAGGCCCGGUCACCCGAAGACAUUGAGAAAAGGUUGAAGGCAGCUUUGAAAAGCGCCAUGUCCCUGGAGCUGGGCCCCAAAGGCCUGCUGGUGUUUGAGAACUACACCAAGGGAAACAACUCCAGCGCACAAAAAGAACAACGCAAGGGGAUCCCGGUGCCCCUGAUCCCCACAUUACAACCCCAGGAGCCAGGCUCAGCCACCAGCACCAGUGUCACGGUGUACUGGAACGUGAACCCCGGGGACAUUAUAGACUGCUUCCAGGUCUACUGCGUGGAGGACCCUCAAGGAGCGGUGUCUGAGGAGUACCGUGUGACCGUCAAGGAGAGCUACUGUGUCCUGGAGGAGCUGAAGCCCAACAAGACCUACCGGGUUUGGGUGAUGGCGGUCAACUAUUCAGGCUGUUCCCUGCCCAGUGAGCGGCUAGCCUUCAGCACAGCCCCCUCUGGGCCGGUGAUUGACCCUGCGAACUGCAGCGUGCUGUGGGGCUCGGCCACGCUACGCUGGGCCUCGGAUCCCCUGUCCCCUGGCUGUAGUUACACUCUGGAGUACUGCCGCCAGUACGAGCCAGAAGGGGAGGGUCUCAGGUCUAUCUCGGGUAUCGGAGGCAAUGAGCAGAAGGUUCUACUGCAGCCCAAUGAGAACUACCUGUUCUACAUCAGAGCAGUGAACGAAGCCGGAGGCAGUGAACAGAGCGAGGCUGCCCUGAUAUCCACCAAGGGGACGAGACUCCGCUUAUUGAAGGCUUCAGCUCACCCUCGCCUGGAGGUGUCAGAGGACCUGACCACAGUCCGCUAUGACCCGAGCAGGCACGACCACACACAGUUCCCCACAAUUCUUGGUGAGUUAUUGCCAGCACGGGGACGAUACUACUGGGAGACGGUGGUCACUGGCUGCGCUGCGUACAGGCUGGGAGUAGCGUAUGAAACAGCCAAUCGCAGCAGCCCACUGGGGCAGAACAGCAAGUCAUGGUGUUUGCAGUGCACCCCCACAGCAUCCAGCUGUGAGUAUCGGUUGCUCCAUAACGGCGUUUGCUCUGACGUGGUGGUGAUUGAGAUGCCAGAGCGGGUGGGUACCCUAAUGGACUAUCAGCAGGGCCGGCUCUCCUUUUACAACGCCCAAAGCGGUCAGCUGUUAGGGAGCCUCAGCCACCGCUUCGCCCAGCCAUGUCACCCUACUCUGGGCCUGGAGCAGCCCGGCAGUCUGGCCAUCAGCAUGGCCCUGGAGGUGCCAGAGUUUGCCAACCACAGCUAGCUGCCAUGCUGAGCUGUCAUUCUUAAUGGUACCGCCUAUUGUUCAGACCGGGAUAAAGUCAGCGGGUACGAUGGCGUAUACAGUUUACAGUAUGCAGUACAAGCAGUACACCUGAAUCACAAGAUGAAUCACAAGUUUAAAUUAUUCUAAAUUAAAUUGCUUAUUUCAUUACUAAAUUGUUUAUUUUUAGGAUAUUCUAUUCUAUAUUCAAGGUUAUUCUGUUGACCUACCCUGUGUGUAAAUAUGGAACGAAGAAAGCAAGUAGCCUACAUUUAUCACUGAUUCAUAACUGUUUAAAAUAAGACCGUACUGAGUUCUGUUUGCUUUCAAAUUCUUCAGAGAAUGACCCUGCCGGUGGUUUGGUAGAGUUGAAGUAGAAUGCUAUACACAGUCUGCUUUUAUUCCCCCUGCCAUACUUUUUUGUUACUAUAAUGGAUGCAGGUGAGACGCUGUUUUAAUUCUCCUAGUGAAAUUUUUUUUUUACAGACGACUUCUGUCUAAACUAUGCUUCCUCCUCAUAGAAUGAUCAAUAAUGACUGAAAUCUCAGUGUUUAGUGGUAGAUGUCAAAUACCAAAAGCUCACUUUUGUGUUUUGUGAGUAAUUAAUUGUUGUAGCACAUGAUCCGUAUUUCAUAUUGUGAAUAGGUCUCUGCUCUCUGUGUAAAUAACCUCUUCAAACUCUGUUGUAAUGUAAAUGAAAACCCUUACUAAAUCCACUGUCAUGCUUGACUUGUAAGAAAGGUAUUAUUUUUGUAUUUGCUCAACCAAAGUGAAUAAACUUGAAUAAAGAAAUUUGGUUCAA